AAUAAGAAUAAUCGUGACUUCGUGAGUACUGAAGUGUGAGAACGUAGACUGAGAAUAUUAUACAUUACUCUAUAACUGUGAGUAAGUCGUGCUGUAUGAUCUUAAUGUAAUUUUUCAUAUUCAACGGUUGACGACGGCACAAAAUAAUGACGACUUUCUUAAAAACCUUAUUGAUGAGCAGUAGAAAAACUUCAGCAUUAGUGCCUUCUAAUUUUAAUUUAUCUACAAGAUGGUUCUGCGCCAAGCCUCAAAGAUCCGAGGAGAGUAAAAUUGACCAAAAUGAUUUUGCUGCUGUUACUACUCAGAAUGAAGAACUGGAUAAAUUAUACAAAACCAUAGAAUUUGAAUGUCGUAGCAACGAUCGUGCAGUAUUGCGUAGUUACACUCAAUUUGCAACAAUGGCUGCAAAUGAACUAGGAAUUCAAGUCGGUAAAUGCUGGUCACCACGUAAAGCCCAUCAUGAGCGGUACACAUUAUUACGUUCUAUUCACGUGCAUAAAAGGUGUAGAGUACAGUAUGAAGUAAGAACGUGGUUUAGAUUCAUUCAUUUCCAUAAGCUUACUGGUUCUACUGCGGAAACCUUUUUGGAAUAUGUUCAGAGAAAUUUACCUGAAGGAGUUGCACUUAAAGUAACCAAAGUACUUUUAGAAAAUAUUCCUGAAAGUGUUUCAUCACAUAUGGCGUCUGAAAUGGCUUAAAUAAUAUAUAUACAUUACUCUUAGUUGUUAAUGUUGAAACAUUUUUUUUAUGUAAUACAGUUUCUAUAUAGUAAAAUCUAUAAAUUAAA